AUGGCGCCCCCAGCAGUCCUCAUGGUCGGCAGCGGCGAAUACACAACCGGCUUCGUCGGCGGUAGCGCAUCGACCAGCGACAAGAAAAUCGGCGUGGUCGGUCUCACACUAUUCGACCUCCGCCGACGAGGCAAAGUCGGCGCCCUUUCCAUCGUGGGCACCUCAGGCCACAAAUUCCCUGCCAUUCGCGAGCACCUGCACAACAACAUUACCAAAGUUUACAACAACCUCGACACAUCCUUCAAUUCCUACCCCGCCAACGACAAAACCGACCCAGAAGCCUACAAAGCCGCCAUCGACGCCCUCCCCGCCGGGUCUGCAAUCACGAUCUUCACGCCCGACAGUACCCAUUACCCAAUCGCCAAGUACGCCAUCGAGCGAAAGAUCCACGUCAUGAUCACCAAACCCGCAACGCAACUCCUCUCGCACCACCUCGAACUCCUGACCCUAUCCCGCCAGCAUGGCGUAUUCGUCUACAUCGAGCACCACAAGCGCUUCGAUCCAGCCUACCUAGACGCCAAACACCGGGCCGUGAACCAGCUGGGGGACUUCAACUACUGGUACAGCUACAUGUCGCAGCCGAAAUCCCAGCUGGCGACAUUCAAAGCCUGGGCUGGGAAGGACAGCGAUAUCAGCUACUAUCUCAACAGCCACCACGUCGAUAUCUGCGCGUGGAUCGUGGGGAGCUUGGGCUGGCAUCCCGCUGUUGUGCGCGCCAGCGCAUCCAGGGGAAUAGCGGAGGCGGAGGGUUGUGUUGAGGGGACUGAGGACACGAUCACGUUAUUGGUGGACUGGACUCAUCCCGACAAGGCUGGGAAGAGGGCAACGGGGAUCUACACGGCGAGCUGGACGGCGCCGCAGAACGCGGGCGUGCAUAGCCAGCAACAUUUCCACUACGUUGCUUCAAAAGGAGAAGUCAACGUGAACCAAGCGAAGCGCGGAUACGAAGUCGUCUCAGACCCACCGGACGCAACAGCGGCAGAAGCAGGCACGAAAUGGAUCAACCAUUCUACAUGCGGUAUCCGCCGGACGAGGAGGGGAAUUUCGGUGGGCAGGCCGGGUAUGGGUGUCAACGAGGGAAAGGUUACAGUUGAGGAGCUGGAUAGGCGAGGGCUGCCAACGCUGGGGAACACGAUUGUUACAACGGCAAUCCUUGAGGCCGGGAGAAGGAGUUUGGAUGGCGGUGGGAAGGCGAUUGAGAUCUUAAAGAGGGAGAAUGAUCGAUGGGAGUUGCGGUAA